AUGUACACCGCAACAAAAGGCAGCAAAAAAUCGUUCACCAAAGUUGUUGUGAACCUGGUGCGAAGAGAAGUAUUGACAUUGCUAGGACAAAAACUAUUCCCCUUGUUCCAAGAUGUCAACAUAGUUAAUCUGGAACAAUUUUCGUGGACAAAGACUCUAAAUGACUUUGAACAGGCAUGUCCAUUGCUGUCUAAUGUCCUAAGAGGGGCAGUUACCAAACGGGCAAAUGAAAACAGUCUAAUCAGAGGAAAAUCUGUAAACUUAGGACCACAGAUUGGAACAUCUAUUGCCUGCAUUCUCAACGCUAGAGCUCCUAAGACUGCUAGCUUUCUUCCGUCUCUGUUUUCAGUACAGUUUUGGAGAGGUGGCUUAAAACGCAAUGUCAUGAAACAAAUUGCACAUACCGGAAUAUGUAAAGGGUAUGAUACCACCUUAUCUAUCUUGAACAAAAUCAGGCAAGGCUUUGAUUCUGCUGCAACAACAUGUAAAAUAAUAAUUGAGGAACAACAUCAACAACAAAAUGUUAGACGAAUCAAUGUGACAAAUGAAGAUGCAGACUUGUCUGUAGCUAUAGCUGCUGUUGUUCCUAACAUAGAGGACGAAGUCAACAGUUUAUCAGCUAGCAGCCAGGAUACAAUAAUAAUGAACAUGGACGAUACAAUUCCGUAUGGAAUGGAAGACACAGAUGACGAUGAUGUUCUAGAUGACUCCCUUAGUGACCAUUCGAAUAGUGAUGGUAUACAUUUAUCGUCAGAUGAUGCAGAUGAUAUUUCGGACGGCGAUGAACAGUCGGUAAUUUCACAUGAAUCUGACGAAGAGAAAGAACAAAUUGAUCUACAUCCCGGCUUCUCCAUGUGUUGGGAUAAUGUUGGAAAAAAGGUUACCAGUAGACAUCCAUCUGAAACCUCAAAAAAUACGUAUCUGAAUAUGGCUCUAGGAUACAUAGCCAUCAACCGUCUUCAAACCACUCAUUUGAACUGGAAGUUCGAUGAAGAGUUGAAGAAGGCAGCUGAACUACCAUCAAACAUUUUUGUUCCAAAUGAGAAUGAUUUUGAACUUCUAUCAAACAGAAUGAAAGUUAUGGUCGCUCGCAUUAUAACCCGAUACUUACCAUGGUUUAAUGCCAACUUCUCCGACUGUGUCACUUCUCAUAUGCUUCAUGAAUAUUCACUGGAUUCAUCAAAGAGAAGUGUUCUAAUUAACCUUGGAGUUUUUGAUGUCGAUCCUUCCUCUACUCAAGGGGCCAUUACUAUUUAUGAAAAUUUGCAAAGGUAUAUACCAUCUAUACAGGACAAACCUUACACUGCGAUAGUAUAUGGCGAUGGACUCAGUUGUGAACGAGGAAAUGAUGCACACAGGGCACGUGUAAAUGGUUUGAAUCCAUGGGAAAGAUUGGAAGGCUGCGAGCCUGCAGUACAAGAGUUUCACAAAGAGAUGAUUUUAUUACAGGACUACUUCGAUGAGUUCUUUAAGGGUUCCAGUGCUGCAGACAGAGGAACACUUAAUCAUCUGAAAAACAUUUUCAACUUUCGUCAAGUUAAAUCAGACAUAUCGGACAAUUUUAACCACGCAUGGCAGUUAAUGUGUUUGGUAACAGAAGGAUAUGUCUGCUUAUUAACUAUGGAACUUAUGGAAAUGGCAGAAAAGGGCGAUAGACCAUCAACAGCCCCUGAAUCCAUAGAAAACUCGUCUGUUGACGACAGACAAGAGUAUUUACAGUCUGUUGUUAGCUCUGUUGUUCAAAAUGUUUGGCACCAUUUGGAAACAGAAUCUUUGAAAACGGAUGACCAGACAGAGCCGGAGAAAUUCUGUUGUGGAGAAGACAUCGAAGAGGAAGUCAUACUGUGUGGGGCUGGUAGGAAUUGUACUAAGGGUGAAGUCUUUCACUAUUCAUGUGCUGGACUGGAUACUGAAAAUCUCCCUAAUAAUUGGUUCUGCAGCGACACAUGCAGAAACGAGAAAGACUCCUACCCUUACUGCACCUGUCAUCAAGAUCUCGGUAAUGAUGAGCCAAUGAUUGGGUGUAGUGCUGGUUCCAAGUGCACGGCAGACGAAUGGUACCACACUAAAUGCUUGGACAUGACAAACGUUCCAGAAGGCAAUUGGUACUGUAGAUCUGCAUGCAAAUCGUCAAAAAAGUCUAAGAGCCGAAAGAAAUCUAAGUCAAGAUCAACUGUAAACAAGUCCGACGAUUUCAAAUACAAUUACAGUAGGGCUAUAACAUGGACAGGACUGAAUCUGCUCUGCCGACGAGAUGCAGUUCGUGAGGCGGACGGUGAGGCCAUGAUGUCGCACUGGAAGUUAGACCUCGUACACUUCUUUUCGACAAAACAUCCAAAAUAUGUCAUAUUAGCACAUAGACUGUUAGUUUCGAUAAAUGGUUGGCUUCCAGAUAAAUUGAAGCACGAUUUAAUUUACAACAGAACAGUUAACUACGGGGGUGGAAUUGGUCGAAAUUUACCAAUGGAUUUCAUGAACGAAAUUUUAAACAGAUUAUUUAAGGAUUUACUAGAUUCCGCAAAGGGUAGGUACACCAAUAAUACAAUACAAAGAUGUAGUCAGAUUGUAGGACCACUUGGUGAGGCAUUGGACUCUGUAUUUGAUUCCAAAGUAAUUGAAAACGAGCUUUAUAGACAUAGGCGGCGAAAUGCAGACCGGGACUUAAACGUCAGCAGAAUGAUUACAUUUCUUGGUGGUGAGUCUUUGUUUUCACAGACUCCUGGUCGUCAUCAUAGAGCUUUUCCAGAGUAUAUUCACAACGAAAAUCCAAAAUUUCCUGGAAAGUUUCAAGGAAAAAUGAAACAGCUCUCAAAAAGAUUGGACAAACGCAGGAGGAUCAUGAGGAUUAUAGUUGACGCUUGA